CUGGUAGAUGCAAAGGUGGCUGGGGACGUGUUGACCAUUCUGACGCCAAAGGUGCAUAAAGAGGCUGCCUCCGCCGAAAGCAGGCUGGUCCAGUUCACACAAGCGACUUCAUGGCGGCAGUAGUGGAUGCUGCUCUCCUGUGGAAGAGGCGGUUCGUCGACGAGGGGCGGUCGGCGGCUCUACGCGCAUGUUACAGCAGUGCAAGGGACAGCAGCAAUGUCCCCGACUGUCUGGCGCUUGCGACGUUUAAUACUCGCUCGCCGCACUGUAGGCCGCUGAUCACGGCAGCUGCAGCGGCACCUUCAGAGAGCACUGAUGCUACUACAGCAUCGUGGAAAAGGGAGGCGCGCAGCACAUACCGCCAUCUGCUCAGGGCUGUCACACCCGCCACGCACUUCUCGCGGCCAGCUGCAAAGAAUCUCAAGAGGCUGCUCCAGACGGAAUACAAAGGCGCUAUUGCUUCCCAAGUGCCAAGCGGCGCGGCGAAUCCGGAUGAACUGGCUCACCAUGGUGCGUCACGCAUCUAUGCCUGCAUGAUACCCAGCGACCCUGGCUCCAGUCUAACGUGCGACCUAUUCCGCACGGUAGCAUCGCGCACCGUCCAGUUCCUCUUGUCCGCAGCCCACUCGCCUCCAUUCUCCGAUGCGCAAAUGCGAGCGUGGAAGGUAAAGUAUCGGCGUCCACGCUCAGUCGAGGCUGCGUUCGAAAGCGGGCGCUCGCUACGUUCCAUCAAGGCUGUGCAGAAAAGACAGCGCCGCGAGCUUCUGCGACGCGCUGCGACUGCUGCUGACGCUGGCGGUAGCAGUGGGAAAGGUGCCUAUGUCGAUGCCGCAACAGCACUCAGGAAGUCACGCAAAGACCGCGCUCGCGGCCGCGCCGCAAGCUUUGCCUCGCUGUUCCCGCAGGGUAACCGCACUCUCGCGCACGCCGUGACGACGAACCUGGCCUCGCUGACGUACCACCACCUGUCACCCAACACGCGCAUGCAGCCGCUCUGGCGCACACACGGCGGCACGGACAGCUCGACCGUGCCGCGGCUGACGCAGCAGAGCAUCCGCGCUGCAGGCUUCGCCGGUGCGCAUGAGCUUGCCGGCGAUGGAGAUGCAGGCGAACAUGACGCGGGGAUGUACAUCGCAGAUGCUGUCCCGCGUCAGCAUACCCUAUCGCUUAUUGUCCCGCCUAAGCCGAUUCUCGGCCCGCGCCAACCAGCAGGGGCGCAGCACAAGCGCUGGGACGGGCAGCGCGUCGCGCAAACCUUCGCGCCUCUGGCAUCUGCUGGUGACCCUGACUCAGACGCUGCGCGCCUCCUGCACCGCUCUGAGGAGCUGCGGCAGCGCUACGAGGCAGUCGCAGCACAGCAGCAUGGGCACGGCGGCGCUGAGAGCGCUGCAGCGCAGAGUGCCAAGCGCGAGUGGAAGGAGAUGCGGGGCCGCUGGAAGAGCGCCGUCAAGACUACACAGCGCGAGCGCGCCGAGCGCGAACGCGAGGCGAGGCCGGUGCGCGCGCUCGCCAAGCUCGUACGCGAUGCCCAACAAGGUUCCGGCGUCUGGCUCGGUGCACGCAGAUUUGGGAUGAAGGAACAGGGAAAAUGGCUUAUACCUUGAGCAUGCCAAAAAGUCGCGCACCUUCUUCUGUAUGAUAUGUUCUGCCUGUCUGCAUGCAAAUCUCCG